AUGGCCAAGAUGACGUCGGAGCCGCUGGACGAGAUCCAGCAUCGUCGUCCCGAAAUCAUUGAGUGGUGGGUCAGCCAGGGCGGUCGACCUAUGGAUGAGAAUAUGAUCCAUCGCUACUUAUCCGAGUCCGCUUUCUUUGACUGGGAGAGCAAGAACGGAAUCAUCUUCCAGCAAGCCAAGGCCAAUGUGGAGCAAUGGAUGUUAACAUGCGACCGCAAAGCGUUGGAAGACGUCGUGCGCGACCGACCAGGAACCGAGUACAUCAUUACUGGAGAGCCACGGCCAGUAGAAGACAAAGCGCUAGCAGCUCAGGGCAUGACCACUGGCAUAUGGACGAUCAGGAAGCAGAAUCGGGUUCUGAAGGAAUUGGCGAAAAACCCGACGAUGACUUCGCCUGGUCCCUCUGUCUUGACCGAGCCACACAAGAGAAGCAGAAAUCAUUACUGGGAACUCACGGUCCUUGGCACUUUUUUCGCGGUAGGCGAGUGUGUCUAUCAAGCUCCUAACGUGUUCGACGUGGUUGGAAAUCGGCUUCUUGCUGCAGCUGCAAGCCUGAAUACUUACUUCGGCACAGCGGGCAGUCUGCCGCGAUACACUCCAGCGGCAGGUCACCACUAUCUACCUCGUGCGCUCAAGCAGACCACAUCGACUUCAUCGACGGCCUCGCCUGGGGGAGGAACACUCAUGCCAGGCUCUCGCGAAGGAAGUGUCGCGCCAGAUGGAGAAUUACAGUCGAUCAGAGCAGGAUCUGUUGACUCAGACACUCGUCAGGCAUCUAGCAGCGCCGCUGCAUCCAACAGCAGAGAUACGCAACUGCUAAUCGAGACUCUGAAUCUUAUGUCGAACUACGGCGAUGAGUUUGCGGAUGAGAAUCCGCUCAUUGGAGAGCCAGGCAAUCUGCGCUUUACAACUUCCACGGCUGCGGUCAAGAAGCGUAGAGCCGAUGACGAGGCAGCAGAAGCGAAGGCCCGGGCGGAAAAGGAGUCCGCUUCGGCAUCUCAAGCGCCUACGCCGAAGCCUGAGAAGGCAGCGCCCACUCCACCUGCCGUCUUCUCGGAGACCAAGGCAACAAAGGCUGAGAAGCUCAAAGAGGAGCGUCGAGGUAGUAAGGCGAGCAAGAAGGAACGGAAGAAGAGUCGAGCACACAACAGUGGUACAGCAACGAGUCCGACUACGCCCGCAAGUGCAACGAGCACUCAGGCGCCCAACUCUGCUCUGUCGUAG